UUUUCAGGCCGCAUUUUCAAAGCAUCCAAGAUGGCGGCCAUAACACAAUAUUAUUUUGAUUUUGUCUCUCCCAAAAAACACGUCAAAACACAUCUAAGAGCAAUACAGUGCGCUUCUCAAUGAGAAAGGAUUUCCCAAUAACCAAUGACAUCACUUAGAGCGUCGCUUCCUCGAGCCGGCAGUGUGUUGUGGCCAAAAUACCGACAAUCGUCUUCGACAGAUAGCUUCCAAAGUUGUCCUGUUAUAACGCAUGUUGUCAUAAGAGAAGUGUGGCAAAAAGCGAUCCCUUCACCACAUGCGUUAUACAAGAUCGAUGUGAUGACUAAGUCAAACCACUGGUCUGUUAUGAGGAGGUAUCGGGAGUUUAGCGAACUUCACAAAACCCUUGUGAAUCUAUAUGGGAUUCCUAAAGACAUGCUCCCCCCUAAAAAGCUAACAGCGAACCUAAAAUUACACCAUCUGGAGAGUCGCCGCGAAGCUUUAGAGCAUUACCUACAGAAGCUGGUGAAUAGCAGUACUUAUGUGUCUAGCUCGAAGGAGAUCUUAGCGUUUCUGGACGUAUCAAGCCACGAUGUAAUGUCAGUAACCCAGGCUCUGGCUAAAGAAGUUUCAAUGGUUGAGGACGCUAUAUUUGUCGAGAAAGAACAUUUUAGCAUGACCCCGACACAAUUGUACUGUAUCACUAAACAGCUGCAGCUACCAGAACCAAUACAAGCCACAGGAGAGACUUCAGCUGUAGAGUUAGGCAAUUUAUACAGCUUUAUUUACCAAUUAGAAAGCUUGGAAGUAAAUGGGAAAGCAGAAAAGGAAUCAAAGAGUUUUCAUGAACUUGCAAAUCAUUUGGAAUUUGAUAUUUCAUUGUUUAAAGUUUUGAAAAGUUUGGUACUGAACGGAUGCCCCGUGAAAUUGAUUAAUGGACUCUCGGAACUUCAGACUCAUUUGAAAUAUCUCACGGCUUAUCACAGCUUAAAGACUAUGAAGGAACUACUGGUUGAUAGGGUGUACACAAAAAGAAAAGCUCCUAGAGUACAAGGCUCUGUGGCUGCAUGGAGGACACAAAUGACUGCUCGACUGACACAGAACAGGGUGGUCGUGCAACCGUGGACGCAUCUCACCAACCUGAAUCUUUCUCAUAAUAAAAUUGUAGUGAUAGAUGAGUCUCUGAGACUUCUUCCAGCAUUGGAGAGUCUCGAUUUGAGUUUCAAUGAAUUUGAAAGUUUGGACCUUCAGGAGGUGGACUGCCCUAGUCUGACUCAACUCGACUUGUCACACAACUCCAUCCAGUUUGUCUCUGCCACACCAAGGGAUUUGCGACACUUGAAGUCACUCAUUCUAAAUCAUAAUAAUCUUCAGUCAUUAUCGGGUUUAGAUUGUUUGGUUGGUCUAAUCGAAUUAGGCAUUGCAGAGAACAGAGUUUCAACAUUGACAGAAUUCUCAAAAUUGACAUGUAUGUCCCAGCUAAGGUAUCUUUCAGUGAAUGGAAAUCCACUCACAAGAGAAACUUACUAUAGGGUGAAGAUCUUUCAUUAUUUCAAUGGAAAGGAUAUUGUGUUAGACAACAAGUCUAAAACUGUAAGAGAAAGGGCAAGAUUAAACCAACAUUUCAAGAGAUCAAGAGUAAGUACAUCCCCUGUGUACCCUGUUGGGUCUGCUAUGGUAAAUAGACAAGCACGAGCACAAAGCUAUGGACAACACCAUAACAUUGAUGGUGAUGAUGACAAUGAUUCUGGUAUUGAAGGCAGUGUAGCUUGUGCCUCCAGAAAAGGAUCAAAUCCUUUUGUUGUAAUCCCAGAUGAGACGCCAAACCUUGGGACUGAACCAGAUGAAGAGAGAGAACUGACAGAACCUAGCGCCUCUUGUGAAGAGAUUGGGCUUGUGUUUAAUUGGAAGCACUUCACAAAUCCUGUUGACCCUCAUUCACAGUUUCAAAGUAGUUGCAAGGAGACAAGUCUUGAAGUGCGUGGGAGGGAAGAGAUUGUUCAAGGUGAUGCUGUUUUGGAUGAGGAGGCAAUAGAAGCCUGUGUGAAUGGUGAAAACUCAAGAAACAGCAGAGAAAGUGAUGAUGAUAUUGAGCAUGAUAGCAAUGACAAUGGUGUGCAUGAUAGCACAGAUGCUGACCCUACUUGUGAUGCUGCUCUAUCACACAAUCCUGGUUGUGAUGGCGAUGAUAGUGUAGUUGAUGAAAGUAACUUUAGCAGUGGCGAUAAGGAUGAUAUCCCAUGCAGUGCUGAUGAUUUUGAUCAAAAUCACAAUGAUGAUAUUGUGAAUGAUAGGAACAAUACUUGUGUUGGUGAUCAGAAUAUUGUCCAGGACAGUUCUGACAGAAAUGAGCAAUAUAAUUAUGAACAAAGUAACAACGAUGAUCCUUCAAAUAGUAGAACAAGUACUCAUGAUGAUAAGGAUACUGCUCCAAACAGUGCUGCUAGUAGUGGUUAUGAUCAUCAAUACAAUAAUAAAUAGAAUAAUGAUCAUACUUCAGGUAUAAGUGAAGGUUAUGAAGUUGUUUAGCAUAGUACUGACAGUGCCCAUCAAGAUUAUAAUGAUUCUGGAUAAUACAGAUGCUAGUGAUGAGAUUGUUGCUCAGCACAGUGCUGACAGAGAUGAAAAUGAUCAUAUAAACAAUCAAUGAUAAUGAUGAUGCAGCACAUUAGUAGUGCUGGUGGUGGAUAUAAUAAAGGCCACAAUAAUAAUUUAUAAUGAUAAUGUACAUGAUAGUAAGUGAUAAGGAUGUUUAGCAGUGGAGAUGCUGAUCAUGAUACUGGGAGAUGUUGGUGUACUGUAAGUAAAAAAAUCAUAAAAUUAUCAGUGUGUUGCUAGUGAAAGUAAACUGAAUGGCAAUGAUAAUGCUGCAGUAAAGAGCUUGUGAGAAAUACUAUAUUUGUAAUGAAAAAGGUAUAUCUUUAAAAUUGAUAAAAUAAACAGAACAUCCAGUCAUUGAAGGUGGCAAGAAAACUA